AUGGCCUCGGGAUUUAGACUACCGCCCCCACCGCCGCUGGAUAUUCAUGAUGCUAAAGCCGCAGAGAAAUGGAAGAAAUUCUUAUUAGCUUGGAAAAACUAUUCCGUAGCAACAGAGCUGAAUGGGAAGCCUCAAGCCGUUCAGGUCGCAACACUGAUCACGGUAAUUGGAGAAGAAGCCCGUGAUGUUUACUCGACAUUCAGUGAUUCAGAAAACGAGGAUGAGGAUGAAGAGACUGAAAUCGAACGAGUUCUGAGGAAGUUUGGGGAGUACUGUCAGCCACGCAAGAAUGUACCAUUCGAAMGCUAUCGUUUUAAUACAAGAAUACRAGAAGCAGGAGAGUCAUACGACCAAUACAAGACAGCGUUACGCAAACUAGCAGAAGGAUGCGAUUUUGACACAAUAACUCCUGAUGAAAUACUACGCGACCGCCUUAUCUUUGGAAUCAAAGACGCCAAAGUUCGCGAAAGGUUGCUGAGGGAAACAUGGCUGACACUAUCCAAGACCGACGAAAUAUGUCGCGCUUCAGAAAGCAUGAUACAACAGAUGAAAGUCGUCCAAGAUAGCAACAAUACCGGCUCGGAAGUAAAUAAAUUCUACAACGAACGGGUAACGACACACAGGAAGCCAAGGAAUGCCUCACGUCGGAAGUCGUCAAAUGAAAGACAAAGCACAGAACAGAGCAAAGAAUGCGAUAACUGUGGAUACCGUCACGCUGCAAAUCGGGAAUCCUGUUCAGCAUUCGGGAAAGAAUGCCGAAGAUGUGGGAAAAAGAAUCAUUUUGCACCCAAGUGUAGACAAGAAAUGAAUCAUUUUGCAUCCAAGUGUAGACAAGAAAUAAAUGUCACCGAGGAGGAGGAAGACCCUGAAUCGGAAAUGUAUCAGACUGAUGAGAUACUUGCUGUCAAAUUAGAUGAUUCGCAGCUGGUCACUUUGAAAUUAGAGACAGGCUGUUUCRUACGAUUCCAACCGGAUACGGGAGCCCAGUGCAAUGUGAUACCUCUACACAUAUACAAGAAAGCAACAAAGGAUUGCGAAUCAGUACAGAYGAAGCCCGUACAAACAUCACUGGUGGCCUAUGGAGGAGCAAAGAUCGCAGUGGUCGGUGAAGUGUGCCUCCGUGUUUGGAGAAACGAAACGUCGUGUCUACUUGACUGCAAAGUAGUAGAUAACAAGGACAUUCGCCCCAUCCUGGGCCGCAGGGSCUGUAUUCGCAUGAAUAUUAUCCAGUACACUGACAWCGACCUCCUGAAUAAGCCCGAUGUUAACGGAGCGCCAAUAUACUCGGUAGAGACCCAAAGUACACCCAUAUCAAAGGAAGAGCUUUUCGCCAAAUUYCCAAAUGUGUUUAGUGAAGGUGUUGGAAAACUGGAUGGAGAAUACAGGAUACGGCUCGACCCAACGGUCCAACCAGUGCAGCAAGCCCCCCGACGUGUACACUUCGAGUAUUGA